UCAUCCCGUCAUUUCCUUUCAAGAGAGCGAGGCGGCGGAGCAGCGUGUGACACAACCAAUAUUGCUGAUUUUUUCCACAUAAAAGUCAGUUUGUUGCUUAUUUUUGACACUCUGUGUGUCAUGCAAUAGAUUCUUGAUGAUGUCGAGACAGUAUCAACGCCCGGAAAAUGCUCUUAAGCGGGCGAGUGAAUUCAUUGAUGUUGGGAAACCUAAUCGGGCCUUGGAGGUCCUUUAUGAGGUCAUCAAACGAGGCAAGAUGCGCAACACUUACUCUGAGAAACUCCUAGAACCUAUCAUGUUCAAGUAUCUGGAGUUGUGUGUUGACCUUAAGAAGUCUCAUUUAGCCAAGGAAGGUCUCUACCAGUAUCGAAACAUUUUCCAAAGUGUAAAUGUAUCAUCCUUGGAGACUGUCGUGCGGCACUACUUAUCACUUGCUGAUGAGCGGACAGAAGCUGCGCGGAAAGAGAGUCAUCAAGCUGUUGUAGAUGUAGAUGAUCUGGAUAACCUGGCAACACCAGAAGAAAUUCUCUUGUCUGCUGUAUCAGGAGAGGAUGCUCAGGACCGUAGUGACAGGACAAUCUUAACACCAUGGGUCAAAUUUCUUUGGGAGAGUUACCGGCAGUGUUUAGAACUCCUGCGUACCAACUCUCGUGUUGAACGACUUUAUCAUGAUAUUGCUAAGCAGGCCUUCAAGUUCUGUGAGAAGUACACCCGUAAAACUGAGUUUCGUAAACUUUGCGAUAACUUACGUACACACUUGUCCCACAUCCAGAAGCAGCAGGGGUCAGCGACUGCAGUCAACCUUAAUAACCCAGAAACUCAGCAGAUGAACCUUGAGACACGCUUGGAGCAGUUGACUUAUGCUAUCAAAAUGGAGUUAUGGCAGGAGGCUUACAAGGCCAUUGAAGAUAUUUCAGACCUCAUGACAAAGUCAAAGAAGAUGCCAAAACCACAUGUGAUGGCUUCUUAUUAUCAGAAGCUCUCUCUUGUAUUUUGGAAAGCUGGUAAUAUGCUGUUCCAUGCUGCUGCCCUUUUCAAACUUUUCCAGUUGUUGAGAGACCAGAAAAAGAAUAUUACAGCUGAGGAAGUUGGGAAGCGUGCAUCAAUAGUGUUGAUUGCAACACUCGCUAUACCAUUGCCUUCAGCUCAUCCAGAGUUUGAUAGAUUCAUCGAGACAGAAAAGUCAGCACUUGAGAAAAUUGAUAAGUUGGCAACCCUUCUCUCCCUUCCUAAACCACCUACACGUGUCUCCCUCAUCAGGGACCUGAUCCGUUUCAAUGUGGUGACAGCGGUUCCUAUAGAGCUCCAGAAUCUAUAUAAGUUGAUGGAAGUAGAAUUUGAUCCUCUUCAUUUAUGCACAAGAAUGCAAAGCAACAUUGAAUGGAUUCAAGAACAUCCUGAGCUAGGGUUGACUCAGUAUGUGCCUGCACUGCAAGAGAUGACGAUAACUCGCCUUGUGAAGCAAGUGGCACAGCUGUAUCAGUCUAUCACUUUCAAACGACUGUUGGAACUUAGUGUCUUUGUUGGUGGCUUUCACUUGGAUGUAUACUGGAUUGAUUUGGUUGCCCUAAAUGAUUUGCAGAUUCGUGUUGAUCACCGCAGUGAGUGCAUCCAUUUUGGAGCAGAUUUGAGCGAAUCUCAGCGUGAAGAUUUACCAGAAGGUCCAAUGCUUCAGUCUUUACCUUCUGAAAUGAUUCGUUGUCAGCUGGUGCAGAUGGGUUCUGCUCUGCAGUCAUGUCUUGACCUUAUUGUUCCAGACAAUAAAAAGAAAGAAAUGGAACCAAUGAGGGCCCAAACUAUCCAGUUUUACCAGCAAACAAAACAGCGUGAACACCUAAAGAUCUUGCAGCGUCAGCACAUCAUUGAGGAGCGUAAGGAGAUGCUAGAGAACCAGAAUUUAGAGCGUGAAGAAUCCAUCCGUAGAGCUCAGGAGCAGCAGCUCAAGAAGCAGAAAGAGGAAGAGCAGCAGCGUCUUGAGCGAGAGGCUAGUCUUCGUGAGAAGGCUAGGCAGGAGGAACAGUUGAAGCAAAUUCAAACCAAGCAAAUAAAGGACAGACUGAUGCAAAUCUCUCAAACUUCCUAUGGCCAGAAGAUGAUGGAAAAGUUUGAUGAAGAA